AUGAGCACCACUACUCUCUUGGAUAUCGCGGCUAUCCACAAAACAUUCACAGCGGCUUUCUCGUCAAAAGUAAAGCGAAUUAAACAAAGUAAAAUUAUUCCAUUUGGCGACUUUAUACAUACAACCAACUUUAGAGCUUCGAAGGACAUCUGUCGAGUUGUUGGCAAAGAAAAUUUGUUUUCUUUGACUUCGUUUAAUGCGUACGGCUUUUUAAAUGGUGUAAAACAAGGCGACCCCAAUUGUGAUAAAGUUGCUGUCAGAAUCUUCAAGCAUGGUUCCUGCUGUGUCAUGUGUGACGGGUGUGGGUGGUCACACGCGGCUUAUCUAGCUGCUCUGGACGCGAACGAAAAUGCUUUAGAACACUUUACGAGCAACGUUGCGACAUGUAACACCUUACAAGACAUUGCUCAAUUGUUAGUUGACUGUUGUGAGCAAGCGCACAUCUCGAUAUUUAGAAAAGGGGUGUUACUCUUUGAUUUAGGACUGACUACAAUCACUCUAUCUGUUGUAGCAAAAACACAAACGGGACAUUACCACGAGUUAUUAAUUAGUAUAGGAGACUGUCGGACCUUUUUAUAUUCACCACGAACACAUCACACUUUGCCCCUCAGUGGAAGGUUUCACAAGUCGUUUGAGAACAUGAAGAACUCAUAUGGAGCCAUUGGCCCAUCGAUCUCGUUUCAUCCAAAUUUGAAGAAGGCUGAAUUAAAAAACAUCACUGUAGAACCGAACGAUAUGCUAAUUAUUAUGACGGACGGAUUUCAUGAUAACUUCGACCCCCAAUUUACUGGGGCAGUCAAGUACAAAAGCAAAGAAAGAGAAGCAGACAAACUCUUCACGUCGAAAAUCGAACUUCCGGAGAACAAGAACGACUUGAACCAAAUAGUUAUAACACUCUCACAACACGUCGCCGACCUCACGGAACCUUCGAGGAAAUAUAUCAGAGAAACAGGCAAAAAAUUGACUUCAGCGCCGACCCCGUUUCAUGGGAAAAUGGACCAUGCGACAGUCUGUCUAUUGAAAGUGUGUGACGUGACCGACAUCACCAAUUUUCAGACUUAUAAUAUUGUUCCCCCGUACAAUGAAAUGUUACUGAAUAACAGCCAAAGUGCUCCAAAAGAAGAACAAAAGGUGAGAGUCCUUUCUCUUGGCCAAAAACUCGAAAGUGACAAGCCGGGCUCUGUUUUUAAGAAAGAGGCAAACUCAACGACUUUAUUGAAGAUGGAAACUCAAACCCAGUCAAGACUCUGCUCGUUAAGAAAAACACCACUUCUUGAAAUCAUACAAAUCGAACCAGCCCGUUCAGAGUCAAUUGAUCCUAAUCUUAUUUGUCAAGAAGCAAGUGAAUCAUCAGGGUUCUUCGCUCGUUCGAUGAGAAGCAAUUCGACUAAAACAGGCGCAAUGAGUCAGUCGGGGUCUUUGCACGUCUCUGUCAUCAGAACGGAAAAAGUCGAGAAGAAAGAGGACGACAAGAGACAUGGCCAACAAACUCUCCCUCGAACGACAAAUCACUUCGACAACUCACCGCGACACAUGGGAGAUGGGUUAGGUCUAUGGGUACAACGACCAAAGUCUUUAACUGGUAAGAAGAAAGUGACGUCAGAAAAUGGCUUUGCUUUGUAA